CCAUUGUUAUAUGAACAUCUUAUGCGUCAUUUGAAACAGAAUGCAUUAAUCCGUCAGCCAAUAGGAAGAAUAGAUAUGCAUGACGUAACGCGAUGUUUCAUUUAUGGUUCUUGUGCAUAUGGUCAGUUCAGUAUCCAGUGUGUUCAGUACCGUUGUAAUGGCAGCAGCAACAUUGCUGAAGCAAUUAUUUAGUGUUCUUGUACUUUAACAACGAUUUGUUUUGCAUACCAUCAUGCAUGCUCUAUUCCACUUGGUUUUUCUGUUAAUUGUAUGUAAUACCAUACAUAGCGAUAAACUACAAUGUAGAGACGAGAAUAAUCUACCAGUGGAUUGGUACGUGUUAUAUAAGCUACCGAAAGUCUCGGAAAGUAGUAAUGCCCUAAUCAGAGAUGGUCUUGCUUAUCUGUAUAUUACAAACGUAACCAUCGGAACCGGUUGGCGAUUAUCCACUAGGCCCAUUGGUUCAAGCGAUUCUAUCCCUGGGAUGACAUUAGCACCAAUUUAUAGUGACGUAAACGAAAACAACAGUUUAUGGAUUCUUUAUAACGAUAGUCCGCCAGACGCAACGUACGUUGCAAAUUAUGGUCACACAAAGGGUGUAGUGGCGGUUAAUAGCGAUAAAGGCUUUUGGUUAAUUCAUAGUGUCCCGAAUUUUCCACCAGUUCCCAAUACCGGUAUACAUACUCGAAUAACGAAUAAGGAAAAUGUAACUAACUCGGGUAAAUACAAUUAUCCAGAAAGUGGGACAUUUUAUGGUCAGAGUUUUUUGUGCAUCUCUUUGGAUGGUGAUCAAUUGAAUGUCGUUGGCAAACAAUUAAUGUUUAACGAAAUAGCGGCGUACGCAAAAAAUAUUCCUGAAAAGUUCAGUGAACAGUAUCCCGCUCUAAAAAAUGCGACCAUUCGAAAACAUAUAAAGUCACCGCCGUACAACAACAAAGCUGUUUUGAAAUCUUCCGGCAACGUAGAGUUCAUUUCGUAUGCUAAAUGUGAAAAGUGGCAGAAAGAUAUAUACGAGGAUUUUAUCGCACCACAGUUGCAGUCGAAUUUAUACGUUCAGUCGUGGUUGAACGGACGAGGAAAAUUACCGUCUAAUUGCAGUCGUAGAAAGGUUUUUAACGUGAAGAGUCUGAACUUGAAGGCAGCCGAUGUCGAUUUCUCGAGUAGUCGAGAUCAUUCUAAAUGGGCUAUUACGGUCAAGAAUAAAACAAACCAUCACUGGGUCUGCAUUGGUGACAUCAACAGAGCUGAUACACAAUUUUCACGAGGCGGCGGAGCGGUGUGCUUCCAAGAAGCCCGAUUGUGGAAUAAUUAUCGCGAUGCUGUCAACGAUAUAGAACCAUGUCCUUCCACGUAGCGAUAAAGUCGAAGAAAACAAUCUAUAAAAUGAACUGUAAUUUACAUUUGAAAAGUUUGUGUAAUCAGUUACUUGUACCGAUGCGUUAUGUAAAUGCUUUUCAUAAAAGUUAACGAAGUACAAGUAACAAUUUGUUGCAUUAAAUCUGAAUAUAAUGAAAACCUUAUGGCGACAUCUAUUCUGUUAGGUACUUAUUUAAUACUAUCGCAUCACAUUCGGA